UGCAGAAUAGAGAGUUCAAGCUUUUAAUCAUGGAGCCAGACUUUGAAGCGGAUUGGUUACAGCAUGAGGUAGUCCCGAAAACAGGGGAACAGGGACAAUUGGAGCUCAAAUUCAUGAGCUUGAGUGGACAUCACAAGUCAAUCAAAGCCUGGGCAGAGGUAAAUGGCCGCCGUGUACGCGUUCUCAUAGAUUGUGGAGCUUCGGACAACUUCGCGACACCAGAGAUUAUCACCGAGUUGGGCCUGAGAAUUGACAACACCCCUAAGUUCCAGGUCAGGGUAGCGGACAGUACCAAUAAAGGGGGACAGGGAAGGUGGUUGGGUGUCACGCUCCAAUUCAAGGAAGUGGCAAUCAAGGAAGACUUCUUCAUCUUCCCAACUGACGAAGCGGAAUUUGUCUUGGGACUAGCGUGGCUAGAUAAGUUGGGAGACGUUCUCGCAAACUUCAAAAAAUCACGCCUUCGAUUUCGGAAUGGGGACAGCAUGGUUACAUUGCAGGGGGACCCGGAGCUGUGCUAUGGAGGUAUGCACCUUCAAUCUGCAGUUUUAUCCAUUCAGGAAGGGGGAGAAGGAUUUAUGGUCCAGCUGUGGCCCAUGGCCUUGCAAGCGGCUACGGUAUCGCAGGUGCCGCAGGUAAUCGAAUCAGUGUUAGCUUCCCAUGCUAAGGUGUUUCAGACACUACCAGGGCUGCCACCACAUCGUUGCCAUGAUCAUGCCAUUCCACUUAUAGAAGGAGCUUCAGUUCCGAAUAUAAGACCUUAUCGUUACCCGCACCAUCAGAAAGCAGUAAUUGAACUAAUGGUACGAGAAAUGCUGGCCUCAGGGAUAAUUCGGCCAAGCUCCAACCCCUACGAGAGUUCGAUAUUGUUGAUAAAGAAAAAGGACGGCAGCUGGAGAUUUUGUGUCGAUUAUAGGGCGUUAAAUGGUAUUACGGUGCCGGAUAAAUUUCCUAUUCCCGUCAUUGAUGAGCUACUCGAUGAAUUGGCGGGAGCUGCAGUUUUCUCUAAGCUGGAUUUAAAAUCGGGGUACCACCAAAUUCUGAUGAGGGACCAAGACAUCCACAAGACCGUCUUCCGCACUCAUGAGGGCCAUUAUGAGUUUCUAGCCAUGCCCUUCGGCUUGACCAACGCCCCUAGCUCCUUCCAAGCCUUGAUGAAUGACAUUCUUAAGCCUCUAUUGCGGAAAUUUGUCCUAGUCUUUUUCGAUGAUAUCCUCAUCUACAGUCAAGAUAUGGCUAGCCAUGCCCUUCAUCUCCAACAAGUUUUCCACAUUUUAGUGGAGAACCAGCUGGUGUUGAAUGAGAAGAAAUGCACAUUCGCAGUGAGCUCAGUGGAGUACUUGGGCCACAUUAUCUCGGCACAAGGGGUCUCGGUGGAUCCUAACAAAACCACAGCGAUGCUAGAGUGGCCGGUGCCUACGGACCAGCGAGCUUUACGGGGGGAUUCUUGGGCCUUACUGGCUACUAUAGGCGGUUUGUGCAAGGAUAUGGGGUAAUCGCCAAGCCGUUAACGGAGUUGACAAAGCGA